AUGACCACCAAGGGCCCCAGUAUUGCACCAAGACAGCAGUCGGUAGCUCAGUCACCGAUAGCUCUUGCUGGCUCUCCUCCGUCCUCGGCAUCCGCUGGUUCUACUCCAAGAAGCGUGGCCAGCCCCAACAACCCUCACAACAACAACAACAACAACAACAACGUAGCAUCACCACCCAAUAAUGCUGCCACUAGGAAUUUGACCACCAAGAGUGUUACCCUGAUUAUGACAUCAAAAGAAUGGGUAUUACCGCCAAGACCUAAGCCAGGUAGAAAGCCUAGUGUGGAUACCCCAGCAUCAAAAAGGAAAGCACAAAAUAGAGCAGCUCAAAGGGCUUUUAGAGAACGAAGAGCCACUAGAGUUCAAGAGUUGGAAGAAAAAUUGAUGGAAGUUGAAAAGGAGAAAGAUAUAAAGGAAAUGGCUUUAAUCAAUACCAUAAACAAAUUAAAGGCCGAGAAUAAUUUUUUGACAAAGAGCAUGGAACAAAUACGACAAGAGAUGGCCAUGUUUAGAGCGUCACAGGAAGAAAUGAGACUGCAAAUGUCACCACGACAACAUGGUCACUCGCAGCAGCAACAACAACAGCAGCAGCAGCAGCAAGUACUACCACAACCACCACGCCAAAAUAUUGCACCUGCCCCUCCUCAACAGUUUUCUAAGCGCCACUCAAGCAAUUCAUCAUCAUCGUCGUAUUCGCAACUUUCACUUCAACCCACACAACAACAACAACAACAACAACAACAGCAACAGUAUUAUGCAAAUCUCAAUGCUGUUCUGAACCCAUCACCACUGAACAAUAUUUCACCAACUGGCUCGUCUUAUUCAUUGCAACAAAUCUCACCAGCACCGUCUGCAGACCUGCCUCCUACUGGCACGACAAGAAAUGGUUACCAAAUUCGCAACACAAUGAGUCGAAACAAUAGCAGUAACAGCAACAGCACUCAGCAUACAUUGACACCAAUAUCCAACAACAAUACCCCUGACAAAAUUUAUUCAACUUCCAAUACUAGUAACAACAACGACAACAAUGGUGGUGGUGCAGUUGGCUCAUCUGAAUUCGAUUGUGGUGUAUGUAUCAAGGACGAGUGUUUGUGUGAAUCAGUGGGAUUAAAGGAACCUCGCAAGACUGACGCUGAGCGUGAGUUAGAGAAUCAAAUAAAUUCAAUAAAGCCGCAACCUGCUGUAACGCUUCGUCGAAAGAGAAAGGCUCAAAGUAUAGAGGAUGUUGAAGAAAUUGAUUUCACAAGACAAUUUGCCACUAAAGCUAAACCGAUGCCUGAUUUAAAUAAGCUACGAAAACAUGAUCAGAAGCUGAACACCACAGUUGCUUCAACAACUAAUCACAAUCAUCACCAGCACAUUCAAUCCCGAUCCAAAUCAAUAGAUAAGAUUGACAAUUCAGAUUUCAAUGAAGAUUCACCAAUGGAAAAUUGCGGUUUUUGUUCAGAUGAUACUCCAUGUGUAUGUCGUGAGGCAGCCAAAGAAGCAGCUAGACUCAAUGCUUCAUUGAAUGGACCAGACAGUGUCAUUGUUGAAGAAGAAGAGGACGAAGAACAGGAAGAAGGAAUGAAUGGACAAGGCAAUGACCAUAACACCUUACCACCAUUGCAAUUCAACUUGACUAGUAACAAUAGCAACACCAAAAUGGCUCUUCCUGUAAUGCAUCCAGGUCCAUCAGUUGAAAUUCGUGAUAUAACUAAUUUGACACCAGGUGCCGUGCCCACAGUGAUACCAAGACCAAACCAGUCCUCUUCAGAUUCACCAUCAUCAUCAUCAUCGUCACAACAACAACAACAAAUGGAAGAGAAUGGCAACUCGAAUGAGGAUUCCGCUGGCGGAUGUACAGGAAACCCCGGUACUUGUAGACAAUGCCAAAUGGACCCAAUGUCUACAUUGUUUUGUACUACAGUUGCUUCCAAGAGCAAUGAUUCUUCAAUACGAUCCAACUUAUCGAGAACCAAUUCGAGAGCAUCACUACUGUUGAAUUUUGGGCCCGGUACACCUGGCGCUAGCAGCAACAAUAACGGGAACAAUAAUAGCAACAAUGCGCCCAGUCCCAUCCCACCACCAUUACUUGCAUCCAAUAGCUCAAAUAAUAUCGCCGCUAGCCCUGGUGCUUCUGGUCUCAACGCAUUUACGGCACUUUUACCAUCCACUCCUGGAUCUGGAUCUGGAUCUAACAACAAUGAUGGUGCUAGUGGAAGUGGCGGUGGUAUGUUUAUACCUUGUGCCGAUGCGUACAAGACAUUAUCACGUCACAAGAAAUUCAAUAGCGUCGAUUUCAGUACAUUGGUUGGUAAGUUGACUACUAGGGGUAUGCAAGUUGAAGUUCAAUCAGUUGCCAAUGUGUUGCGGGAGCUAGAUCGAAGGUUGUACAAUUGA